AUGAAAAAUUUGGUUAUGAAAGGUACAUCUGUGGAACAAAAUAUGCAGACUUCUUUAUCGAAACGAACAAUCGGUUGCAUCGGGAAGUGUACUUCUGGUCUUAGUAUUGAUGAAUUAGAUCAGAUUACAGAUAAUAUAAAUAAAACGUUGAAUCAUCCACGUGGAAGAGAAAUUUUUAAAAAGUUUUUGGAACAAUAUGAUCUCAGAGACAAUCUUGAGUGUUUGGCGCUAUUCGAAAUAUGUUUUGAGAUUAUCGAACGUGAACAAAAGUUUCUACAAUCGAAGAAGGAAUCCUCGUUGGAAUCGUUAAUCGAAAAUGUCAAACAAGUACAAGAAAUGGCUAUAGAUUUGGAUGGAGUAUCGCAAAUAGAUCGUGCACUUUUGGAACGUUUCAACGAAGCUUUAAAUAGCAAUUCAAGGAAUUCUUUACUUAGUAUAUUAGCGGAUACCAGAAAUUGUUGUCGAGACCAUUUGAGAAGUAUUCAUGAAAAGUUCAAACAGUACGCAUCAGAACCGUGUCCAAUAUCUAGAUAAUGAAUAUUUUUUUUACAUUUUCGUUUACAACUUCGUUUGUUAUUUUUUGUUCUAUUAAUAAUUUAUAAUAUUUCUUGAAUUGUAAAAAUUAAUGUGUUAAAUACGUUUUAUGUAAUAAUAUAAGUCUGUGAUGAUCGAUAUAGGAUAUAUAUAUAUUUUCUGUGCAUUUUUACUUGUUAGUAAAAUUAAGAUACAAUUAUAAUGUAAUUAUUUAAAUUUAAUAAAAAUUUAUUAAAUUUGUAUUAAAAUAAUUUAAUAAAAAAAAA